CCGCGCCCAAAUCCAACCCAAAAUCCUCGCCCCCGCGCCCGCGUCGCACCACCACAUCACAGGACAGACAAACAGAUCACCGAUCGAUCACGCGUCCACCGCCGCGCCACCCGCUCGGUCACCCCACCAUGGCCGCCACCACCUGCCGCCUCGCCGCCGCGCCGCUCGUCCUCGCACCGCUGCCUCGCCGCCCCACCACGGUCGCCUUUGCCGUCGCCGCCACCGGCAUCAAGUACGUAGGUCUCAGGGCGUCGAGGGGCGUGGCGAUCAGGGCGGCCGACGGCACCGGCAGCGAGACGGAGGUGCCGGAGGUCGUCAAGGCAGCCCAGGACGCGUGGGCCAAAGUUGAGGACAAGUACGCCGUCACCGCCAUCGGCGUCGCCGCGCUCGUCGGCCUCUGGACUGCCAUAGGCGCCAUCAAGGCCAUCGACAGGCUUCCACUUUUGCCCGGCGUGCUUGAGCUCGUUGGAAUCGGGUAUACAGGGUGGUUUACAUACCGGAACCUCAUCUUCCAGCCAGACAGGGAAGCUCUGGUGAGCAAAAUCAAGAGCACCUACAAUGAAAUCACCGGGAGCAGCAGCUAAUUUCAUACCAUUUUCGAGAAGAUUUCUGUAAAUCAGAGAGCAGCAGGACUGCAUCUGUCGGCAGCCAUGCCAGUGAAGAGGAGGUUGCUAACGUUUUGAGACUGGUCCCUCCAUUAUUUCCAUCUUAUCCCCUGGCUCAAAGCAGACAAAAUACUAUUAUUGCUGAUGAGCUGCUCAUGUACCUAUUUUAAUUCAACAAUAAUGAAAUAUGUUUUCAGUUUCCGCUCCAGACAACUGCGUACUACAAACAUCAUUACAUCAAUGUGGGGUUCCCAAUCACCUGUAUUUUCUUUUAUCGAAUUCAAUUUGAAGCCGUUGGCAUGAGAAGUUAAUGAUAAUUAAGAAACA